AUGAUGGAAAGAAUAAGAAAAGAGAUGAUUCUGAUGGAGAGAGGGCUGCACAGCCCCACGGCCGGCAAGAGGUUCUCCAAUUUGUCCGACUCGGCUGGCAAUGCUGUGCUCGAGGCCCUGGAAAAUUCGCAGCACCCGGCUCGCCUCAGCCCGCGCUUGCCGUCCACUCCCCUGCAUGGCGCUCUGGGAGACCUCCCCGCCAAGGGCAAAUUCGAAAUAGACACUUUGUUCAACCUGCAGCACCCGGGCAGCGAAAGCACCGUCUCCUCCGAAAUCGCCUCCGCCGCUGAGAGCCGCAAGAAGCCGGGCCAUUAUUCCGAGGCGGCCGCCGAGGCCGACAUGAGCAGCGACGUGGAGGUGGGCUGCUCCGCGCUGCGCUCCCCCGGCGGCCUGGGCGCCGCGCCGCUCAAGGAAAACAAUGGCAAAGGGUACGCGGAGAGCGGCUCGGCCGCCGGCACCACGACGUCGGCUUCGGGCUCGGGCCUCGGCAGGCUGCCUGGAGGCGGAGGGGGGGGGGGGCGGGGGGGCACCGCGCUGGGAGGCUCCGGCUCUGGUGCGGAUCAGGUGCGGCGCUACCGUACAGCGUUCACCCGCGAGCAGAUAGCACGCCUGGAGAAGGAGUUCUACCGGGAGAACUACGUGUCGCGGCCCCGCCGGUGCGAGCUGGCGGCUGCACUCAACCUGCCGGAAACCACCAUCAAGUCGGACUUCGGCUGUAGCGCCGCUGCGCCGCGCUCAGAGAGCGGUUUCCUGCCCUACUCCGCCGCGGUGCUUAGCAAGACCGCAGUGAGCCCGCCGGACCAGAGGGACGAGGCGCCGCUCACCAGAUAA